CAACUGAUAACCAUAGUAAAAUGUUUCAAAAUACAUACAUAAUAUAGAUAAAUGACACCCAGGCACAUAACAAAAAUUAUGCUCAUCUCACCCACAUUUGUCCUGAGUGGGAAUCGAACUCGCGACCAUAGCAAUCAGAGCCACUAACCACUAGACCAAAAAGUGCACUUUUACUUUAUGAUUUCAACAAUAGAUGGCGCUUUAUUUUCGCGUUCCAGUUAUUAAUAAUCCAAUUUGUCGCCAUGACUUUUGUAAUAGAAUUUUUUAAUGUUUGAAUCCUUUUUAUCUUAGGUAACAUCAGGCUGUUGUUUCCUAGUUAGAAUGAAGGCUUUAUUUUUAAUUCUUUUUAUAAUUUAUGUAUUAGAACUACCCACAAUAAAAGCGAAGAUCUUACCGCGAGCGUCAAGACAUACGAAACGAAUCCAAAACUUCAACCAAGGGGCUCUUGAGACUCGCGGGCGAAACCUAUUCGAAAAUAUCAACAUCAGGAAAGCUAACACGAGAUCCAACGUACCGGUCUACAUAAUCACCAAAUCCAAAGCAAUCCCCAUUUCAAGAACUGGAGUAGAAACACCAGAAGACGAUGAUAUUUUUGACGAGAAUGGGAUGCUCUAUAUAACACAACCAAAGGCACCGAAAGCGGAUAAGAAGAUUUUAGAAUACCUCGAUUUUGAUGGCAGAAGAUCGUACGAUUUGAGCAAGAAGAAUAAACGGAAACUCAUGGCCAUGAUGAAUAAGGAAUUGAAUAAACAGUUGCUGCAGAAGGCGAAUACUAAGAGACGUAAUUUCGAAGUCGAUUUCACUGAGUUGGUUUCUUGAAUAAAGACGUUUUGUUGAGUGUUGUUUUAUUUUGAUAUGAUUUUUAGAUAGCACUGAUUUAUGAGUGAUAAAGGUGCAACGUGCCACAGGUUCUAUCCGCCACAGAACUAGCAUUUGAGUGAUCCAUAUAUAUCUAUUCUGGGUCUUUAAAACCAAUCGCGACAAUAACUAAGUUCCUUUCAGUGAUAGAUGUUAAAAAAACAAUUUUCCGUGCCACUCUUUCAGUAAAGCGUUGUAUCGUUAUAAAGGUCACUGCUCAUUAGAGCCACCCGGCACCCACCCCGCUCCUUCAACUAUCUAAUUAUGGAAUUACGUCCAAAUAUGUCCAGUUGAUGGAGUAGGUAAGCUAUGCCAAAUUAUUAUCAAUGACUAGAUUAUUCAGUCUCAUCAUUUAGUUAGAUGGAUAUUUAGAAAAUAUUAUUCACGUAUAGUUUUCAUCUAAAUAAUAAAAGAAUUAAAAGAUAAACUACUUUAAAGUAUAUUAGGUGUUUAGGUGUGCUUGUGACAUGUGCUAGUCAAAAAGAUACUGCAUCACAGCAAAAA